AUUGUCACACGUGCUGUAGGAAACAAAAAGAUAUUUGAAAUGAACUGUAUUCUGUUGUAAAUAUUGUAGUUGUAACUAGGAAACAAAGUCCUCUCACUAACACUAUUCUGAUUUUGAGGAGUAUUCGAGUAUUCUUUUACUUUCAGUCAUGGAGGAUGAAGCAAGUGUUCAAGAAAAUGCGAUAGAGAUGAGGUCUGCAGAUGAAGAAGAGAUAAUCAAAAUUAAUGCUAUUGACGAAGUUCUGCCAUAUGUGGGGGAAUUUGGCAAAUACCAAAUCACAUUGAUUUUCAUGCUUGCUUUGAUGAUCCUCACUGCUGGCUUUCCAGUUCUUAUUAUGUAUUUUGCUGGACAGAAUCCCCCUUGGCAAUGUGUCUAUAACAGUACAGUUUGCAACUUGAAUGGUACAUUCAAAAGCGGAGAUAAAAAUUAUAAUCAUAGAUGUUCAAUUCCCAGAGCAGAAUGGCAAUUUACAAAACCAAAGGACUACUCAAUUGUAACACAGUUCGAUAUUUAUUGUGAUACUGAGCAUCUUAUUUAUCUAAGCACCUCACUUCUGUUUGUUGGAUGGGGAAUUGGGUCAUUUAUCUUUGGCUGGCUUGCAGACAAGUAUGGUCGUUCCAAAGUCUUAAGAGUCUCUGUAUUUGGAAUCAUACUGGUCAGCUUUUUAAGUGCCUUUGCACCAAAUUACCCCGUGUUUGCUGUCUGUCGUUUGGCUAUAGGGAUAUUCAAACCUGGCACAGUUAUUGGAGCAUAUGUUGUUGCUGGUGAGCUUGUUGGUCCAAAGUAUCGGCCAUUAGCUGGUACUACGAUGUGGAUGCUUUUUGCUGUAUCACUGGUCUUAACUGGCGUAAAGGCAUAUUUCAUACGUAAAUGGAAAACUUUGAUCAUUGCCUGCUCCGCUCCGUACAUCUUCGUCUGCCUGUUUUACUUCUAUAUCCCAGAAUCGAUGCGCUGGCUUCGUUGCCAGGGACGGCAUGCAGAAGUCAUUGAAAUUCUCAAGAAAGCGGCAAGGGUAAACGGAAAAACGCUGCCGGCCAAGCUGGAGCUUGAAGCGGUGCCGAAAGCCGAUCUUGCCCAGAAAAAGCUUGGAAUUCUUGAUUUAUUUAGGCCCUUGAAGAUGUUUCAAUUUUCUGCUGUUCAAGGCUUUGCAUGGUUUUCCAGUGCUGCAGUUUACUAUGGUGUUUCAUUGGGAGUUAGUGACCUUAGUGGCGAAAUGUAUCGUGACUUUAUCUUGGCGAUGUUGAUUGAGAUCCCUGCUCUCGUAUUAUCAAUUUUUCUUAUGAACAGAGCGGGAAGAAAGAAAUCGGUGAUCGUUACGUUGGCACUGGCGGGUGUAUUCUGUUGCAUUGUUGGAGGAAUGCUGAGUACGGAUAACAAACAAACAAAAUGGAAGGCCUUAACAAUAAUCGCGGGUUUGUCUGGCAAGUUUUGCAUUACUUGCUCCUUCAAUUCUCUUUAUAUGUGGUCUCUGGAAUUGUAUCCCACGUGCAUCCGGGGUGAAGGCAUGGGCUUUCUACAGAUUACAAGUCGUGUUGGUUCGGCACUUGCUCCCUGGAUCGCAAAAUGGUUGAGAGUCUUCCACGUCACGAUACCGUUUUCCCUGAUGGGUGCACUCUCUCUUUUAAGCUCCGUUCUGCUUCUUAUUCUGUCCGAAACCAAGGGUCGCGAGACAUUGGAAACCGUCAACCAGCUAUUCAAGCUUGAUAGAAAAAAGAAUGGAGAUAAUUUAAUUCUAGAAAAUGGCACAAGGUCUACCUCUCCAGAUGCAUGACUUUAUCAGUACUUUUUUUGGUGCUGGUUUAUAUUAUUUUUGCAUAAAGCUGCCCAAACCAAUUUCUGUAUCUUUUGCCCUGGAACUAAGAAAUUUUUGAAGAUGGGAUCUUGCAUGCUGUGCACCCAGUUUUAUAUUCUCUGUGCUUCUUGUCUAUAGCGCAAAAAUUUAAACUGAGCCAACUUAAUUUCUGCCUGGUCGUACAUUCUCCUCUAUUGUAUUUUCUACCAACAUCUAUUGACUUUGCUCAAACAUUGGGGAUAUAUGUCUGGAUUUGGUCUUUUUUGCGAGGAAAAUAGGGUUUGCCAUGGAGUUCCAAGAGCCUUCUCCAGGAGACAAUAGGCUUAACCCAGUCCAGUGAAUCAAUAUAUUAUGUGCAGAUAAGCCCUGUAAAAUGAAGAGCCCAUUACAUAUUUAUGCAUUUAGCAUGGCAUGGAAUUUUCGGUCUCGUAUGUCACAAAAACAGAGAAUUGUGACCUCUAUAUUUUCUCAUAAUGGAACAUCCCAGCCAAUUUGCACCCAAGCAUACCCUUCCUGUGCUUGUAUAGCUUAAUUUUGCACGAGAUGUAACCUUUGAUAAUUUUUAUGUGUCGACUUGUCCAACAAAAUAUCGACUUGGUUAAUAUGAUUUUAGAUCCGAAGAACUUCUUUUAAACAAAAAUUGCAAGAGUUUUUGUAUAACUGUAUUUAUAAGUAAUUUCAUAUGAACGAUAAUAUGUUUGUAAUUUGACAACUUUUUUUCUCUUCGUUGUUUAAUUUCUGUCUUCUGUGAUUUAACGUCAAUCAAAGAAAGAACUUCGUAAUAAACCCGUAAUUCGGGAGAUCGUAUAGGGUAAUUUGAUCGGCAACCGUUCCUGAAGAAUAAGCGUCAUGGCAGCUAAGUUGAGUUAAAUUUGUAUUUUUAACACUACUGAGCUGUUUAAUGGCAGCCAAUCAUGCUUAAAGGCGAAGUACGAAAUUAAAUUAUAGCAACAUCUGAUUACAUUUGAAGUGCACAUUUCUUCACUACAAUCGAAAAAAUCCGAACCCUACAAAAUCGUUCCCUUGAAAGCAGAGAUAGAUAUGCAAUUUAUCUCCCAUUUUUCCCGGUGAAAUAACCUUUCCCAUGU